CAUUUUGAGCGAAAUGCAGGAGUGAGGCGGACGACAGAAAACGUGCUUGAAUUUAAACUGGGGAAAUUCUGCAUUUGAUCAGAGAAAAGAGCGGUGAUUUCUACUCAUUAAUUAUGAAGAUAUAAUUUUAUGGUUAAAAAAAAUGUUGCACGGGCAAGGACGUUUCCCGUACGACUGUCGGACGACCAACGCCACAUGGGGAAUCGCCAACACAAUAAGCAGCACCUGCGAUCAAAUUCCUGCUCGCCCAGCACCUGUCGUGACCAACAACCUUCUGCAAACAACAGCCUACCUGCCCUGGCUGCCAGGGGCACCAGGCAUCGGAUUCCAUCACCAAACGCACCCUUACUUCCAUCAGCAACCGCAUAAUGGGAUUCCACCCCUGAUGAGCGUUCAGCACAUCCGAACAUCAAAUGUCUUGCCGCCAGCCUCGAUCUCUAUUGGAUGGGGCAACAACACAAUGAUCUGCAUGCCUCAGCAACCAAACAAUCCGCCACCAAUGAUCAGACCUCCUUUGGUCCAUGAAGCGCUAGUUUCCAAUGGGGUAGUGGAUGAACAGCAGGAUUUGUCCUUGUCUCCAGAAAACUCCAGCGGCAGCAACAGCGUCACCGGUGCAAAUUGGAAAAAUGAUUUGUCCAAAAGUGUGUUCACGUAUCCAAUCGAUGAGGAUUGCACCCUGAUAGCCAGGUGCUGCUUGGAACCAAUUCUGAAAGAGGAAGAGGACGAAAGUAAGAUUGCUCCAGAGCCUGUUGUGCAGCCUGCAACAGCUGAAAUUGUUUCUGAUGAAGUUUCUGCUCUUCCGAAAUUUCAUAUUACUCGACCUGCUAGAAUCACUGAUAAGAGAGGAAACAUAGGUGAGAUUUUGAAGCUGCACGCCAAUUUCUACCUGUUGCUGGAAGUGGCUUCCUUGCCAAUCUUCAAGUACGUUGCCAAAACCACUCCUCACUUUGAUGCAGGAGACAACACAUUCAAAGCUGUGCUUCAGGGAUGUGCCGAUGUUCUUGGAAAUUUUGUUUUAGAGGGCAACGUCCUUUACUGCACUAAAAAGCUCUCUGGAAAUGCUUGUAAAAUGUUCAGUGUGCACAAAGACAAAUCUUACUUUGUGAACCUGGUGCGCGUCGACGAAGUUGGUGAACAGGAACGAGUUGACUUGUUGAACCAUUUGAUGAAGAAGAUCCUACGUGCGUUUGGCUUCUUCCAAGCUGGCAGGGCCUUUUUUAAAAAGGAUAUAAACUCGCUGAAACAAAAGUCUGACCGUCUUGAUGGUUGGUCGACCAAGCCCGGUUACCUGCCGAAGGUGCUUUCCUGUGACGGCGGCACCUUUUUCAAUGUGGAUUUGGUGCACAUGGCCAUCAAACCAGAUACUGCUCUCGACUUGCUGCAGCACUUUCAAACCAAUCGCAAAAAUUGGAAUGCUGUUUUUAAGGAUGUCAUUGUUGGACAGCAUGUGGUCACCGCAUACAACGGACGCGUUUAUAAAAUUACUGGCGUCAACUCAAAAUACAGUCCGCUGACGGAGUUUCUCUACAAGGACAGCAAAAUAACUUUCAUCAGAUAUUAUGAAAUGGAAUUUGGAAUUCAAAUCAAGAAUACAAAGCAGCCUCUGUUGGUUUCAAACAUCCGAUCAGCAGAUUUCCCCACAUCCGAAGUAUAUCUAGUACCAGAGCUGUGCCGUCUGACUGGCAUCACCACUGAGCAAAGGCGAGAUUUCUUCUUGGUCAGAGGACUUCAGGAUGAAGUCACUAGCUAUCCUCAAGUGCUCAAGCACAAAAUCGAUGACUUCAUCAAGUCUCUCAUUGAAACCAAAAAUGAAAAGGCAAAGCACAUCAUGUCCGAGUGGAAACUAAAUUUAAGCAGCGAAAUGGCCAGCCUCGAGGGACGCCACCUGCCACUAGAAGUUGCCAGGGUGGGUCACAGCAGCGUCAAUAAAAAUUUGAAUACUGUGAAAAACUUGUUCGAUUGGACCGAGGAUUGGCGCACCUACAAGAUGCUGAGCUGUGUGCCCAUCAAGAAGUGGGUUGUGGUGGUGCCGUCUUCUGUGGUGAAGCCGCUUGAACGGUUUAUCAGCCUUUUGCAGUCCACAAGCACCAACCUGGGCAUAGAAGUGGCCAAGCCGUUUGUGAUUCAAAUUGAAUCUGAUGAAUCCAAUUGCUUCUUGCGGGAGCUGAAGAAACUCUUUGCUAAAGAAAAACCACAACUUGUCCUUUGUAUUCUUAUUAAAAACCGAGAGGACAAGUACCGGGCCAUCAAGAAACUCUGCUCUGUUGAUCAUGGGGUGCCGAGUCAAAUUGUGACCAAGAAAAGUAUGGACGUGAAGUAUGACUUGCCCAUCACUAAACGUCUGGUCGUGCAGAUGAACUGCAAGGUGGGAGGCACCCCUUGGAGUGUGCAGGUGCCACUGCGGAUGGCCAUGAUUGUUGGAAUCGACAUUGGUGUUGAUUGUCACAAUAAAAAUGUGACUUUUGGGAGCGUCGUUGCCUCUUACAACUGCGACUUCUCAAAAUACUUCUCAAGCACUUUCACAGUUGCCAGCAAAGAUUGGGAGGAACUGAGCCGCCUUGUCUGUGAGCACAUCGCCAAAGCCGUCCAUUACUUUAAGAUGCACCAUAAAAAACUGCCGUCUGUUGUCAUUGUCUACCGAGAUGGUGUUCCAAACAAAUUGCUGCCCCACGUCUUCACAAGAGAAGUUCCGUUGAUGAAGAAGUGGCUUAAUGAAAUCUACAAAAAUGAUCAAUGGCACCUGAGUUACAUUGUGGUCAACAAACACUGCAACGCCAAAGUCUUUGGCAAGAAGAACACUCAUUUGCAGACGGGCACUGUAGUCGAUUCAUGCAUUACUCAACCUGAAAGGUACGACUUUUUCCUCCUAAGUGGACUAAACCACACUCGCAAAGUUUCUUCGUUCACUUACUACAAUGUACUCUUCGACAACACGUGCCUCUCACCCGACCGCCUGCAGAGACUCACCUACAAGAUGACCCAUCUCUAUUUUAACAUCAAAGGAACCGUUCGUGUGCCUGCCCCACUAAGGUACGCCACUCGUCUUGUGUACAUUGUGAGCAACACACUUCACCAGACGCCGCACCCCCGACUUGGACAUCUGCUACACUUCCUUUGAAUUUGAAGUUUUCCCUGAAGCAUCACAAGUGUCACACAAGAGGUAAAUUUACAUUGAAAUGCAUUACAAAUUUAAUAACCUCUCAAAUAAAGUUUUACAAAUUGAUCUACAA